AUGUCGUUCUUCAGACGCAAGGACAACAACCAGUCGAUGAUCCCGCCAACUCAGGAUGGCAACAGCACCUCCCCUAGGCCAGCUCGUGGCAGCGCUAAUACCUAUGUGCGCAGUCGGGACGGUGAUUCGUUUGGCACCGACUCCUACUCGUCAGACAAAACCAAAGUCGACUACAACGACAGAAAGACCAACUAUGGUGACAAUGACAGGAAGGCGGAUUAUGGCGACAGUGGGGCAAACUAUCGGGACAAGUACAACCGAAACAACGGUGUUGGCGACGUCUACUCCCGAGGCGGUGCUACUCUCGACGAAGAUCGGGCUGCUUUGUUUUCUGGCUACAACGCAGAGAAGCGUACUGGCGCUGGCUCUGGCCGAUUCUUCGAUGGACCCAAAUUGGAUCGCGAGCCAGCGCCUGGAGAGGAGAAUGAGGAGGAUGUUGAAGGCAUCAAGAAACAGACGAGAUACGUAAAGCAGGAGAGCGCCAAUUCCACUAGAAAUGCGCUUCGUCUUGCCCGAGAAGCAGAGGAGACGGCUCGCAAUACUCUUAACCGUCUCGGCAGUCAGUCGGAACGUCUCGCAAACACUGAGCGUCACCUGGACAUCUCCAAGGGCCAUUCCCAAAAGGCCGAUGACAGGACUGACGAGCUGAACCAACUUAAUCGGUCUAUUUUCCGGCCUGUCAUUGUGUUCAACAAGGAUGGCAAGCGUGCUGCGCAAGAAGCCAAGGUGAAUGCUCGCUAUGAAGAAGAGCGGGCGUCACGAGAACAGGCGGCUAUGGAGACUCGAGAAUCGCACAACAGAAUUGGUCGUGCUCAGACUUAUGGACGUGAUGACGAAGAAGGACGAGAUGAGUUGAUGGGUGGUGGUGGUGGUCGGAGCCGCUUCAGAACUGAUGCUCAGAACAAUGCCCGCAAGGAGCAACGCAAGCGCUAUCAAUUCGAGGCGACUGCCUCGGAUGAUGAGAUCGAGGAUGAAAUUGACGACAACUUGGACGAAAUUGGUGAUGCAGCAAAGAGGCUCAAGGCUCUUGGCCUUGCAAUGGGACAGGAAUUGGACACCCAGAUCCAACGUAUCGACCGUAUCGACCAGAAGACCGUCAAUCUCGACAACAGAAUCAACCGCAACACCGAGCGCCUCAAGAAAGUCAAGGAAAGUCUUGUGGAAGCCCAAACAACCCUCUUCAAACAAUCAACCGAUGAAAAUGCUUCCCUACUCAAACGAAUCACUGAACUGGAGCGCGAAUUAAGCGUAUGGAAACACGCACUUACGAAAGCCGAUGAAGAACAGGCAACGCUCAAAGGAACGAUCACAAAACUUGAACAAGUAGUCGGCUCAAUCCAUAGCGACAAUUUCCUUCUGCUCUGUCUCAUCGAUGGCGACGGCAAUAUAUUCUCCGAAGAAUUGCUAACUCAAGGUCACAACGGCGGACGGCAAGCGGCGAUGCGUCUCAAACAGGGAAUCACGGACUACGCCCGGGGCGUGGACCCACAGUUUUCUCGUGCGACAGUCUGGCUGACUGUGUUCUGCAACCUCACGGGGUUGACUGAAACGCUGACUAGCCAGAACCAGCUCUGCACCCGCGAACAAUUUGCCGCAUUCGUGUCAGGAUUCAACCAAUCGGCCCCUUUGUUUUCGAUGGUGGACGUGGGGCAGGGGAAGGAGGCUGCUGAUACAAAAAUUAAAGAGUACCUCCGAAUUUUCUCGCCUUUUGCACAGGCCCCAUUGGUUUUCUUUGGAGGCUCGCAUGAUAAUGGCUACACAGCUGCAGUAGCGUCACUCGAAAACGAAGGCUUGUUGCACAAGCUUGUUGUGCUUCGCGGCUACAAAGAUGAUAUUGCCCGAGAACUCAAGAAAUUCCAACUGCAAGAACUGAAUAUUGACGGCGUGUUCAUGGAACACAAGAUCCCAACUUAUAUUUUUCCCCGUAAACCUCUGACAGUCGUCCCGCCGACGGCCAGUCUUCCCGAAUAUACGAGUCCAUACCCAAGGCCGGCCAGCCCGCGGAAGGGUCCACCAAUGACACCCACUGCUACAGAAAGUAAAACACCUCGUUACCUGAUACCUGGUAUUCCUCUCCAUAAACAAAGCCCAACGCCGUGCACCUUUUAUUACCUUGCCCAAUGUCGACAAGGGACGCGCUGCACGUUUGGCCACGACUACAUAUUAACUCCCGAUAACUUGGCUGAAUUGCGCGACUACGCGAAGAAAGCACCAUGUCCAGUCCUAAAUCGAAAUCAAAUGUGUCAAGCAGGAGACACUUGCCUCUUUGGGCAUGUAUGCCCUCGAGGCGAAAGCUGCAACUAUCAUCAAAGAAACGGGGUUGCUUUUGUUCGUCGACUACUCGCCCCGUCCAUAUUCCCUUCCCCAGGCGCAUUUCAGGACGUUUCGCGUCAGUUGACGCGUAAAAAACAAACACCAAUGGUCUCAGCAUACGAAAAGCAACGGCUGGCCAACAUUGAGCGCAACAAAGCAUUGCUAAUCAGUCUAGGUCUCGACAAACCCAUAUUCGAACCUACCGAAGUAAAACGCGUCGAAAAUGUGAAAACGACGAAAAAGAGGAAAGCGGUCGAGCAACUUGAGCCCGACUCGGACGCAAAACCGAAAGUGGCACGUACGGAGGAGGCCUCAGUCAGUGCUGGGCCUCUCCGUCGAAGCGCUCGUAACUCUGGGAAAACCAUCGACUAUAAGUCUGAAAAGCUGGUCAGCUCGCCAGUUUCUCUCUCGGCGUCGCGAAUAUCAGACAACUGUGGGCCUCAGGGUCGCGAAGAAGGUGCUAAGCGACUCCAUGACCCAAAAACCUAUGGAUCUAUUCCUGGCGUUGCUGUUGGGACAUGGUGGGAUAUGAGGUCUGCCUGUAGUGCAGACGCGAUCCACGCGCCCUACGUUGCAGGUAUCGCUCCAGGGAAGCAAGGCGCGUACAGCGUCGCUCUGAGCGGAGGAUACGCUGAUGAUGUCGACUAUGGCAGCACCUACACCGGCUCUGGAGGGAGGGAUCUCAAAGGUACCCAGUCCAAUCCUAAAAACUUGAGAACGGCACCCCAGUCAUCAGACCAGUCGUUUGACAAUACUUUCAAUCGAGCGCUAAAAGUGUCUUGUGAAACCAAAAAGCCAGUACGCGUUAUUCGCGGCUUCAAGCUAAAAUCUCCAUAUGCACCAUAUGAAGGGUAUCGUUAUGAUGGUUUGUAUUGCGUCGAAAAGGCCUGGCUUGAGAAAGGCAUGGAAGGAUUCAUGGUUUGCAAAUUUGCUUUCAAACGACUUGCUCAUCAGCCUCCCCUUCCCCGCCGCGCCAAAGACGACGACGGUCCAAACCCGCAAACGGAAGAAUCAGAGGCUGUAGACGAGGAUGAAUAG